UAUUCCAUAUACUACUACUACUACUACUACUACGUACUAAUUACAGAAUAUUGUGAUAGUUAAUCGUUAUUACCGAAUCAUGGCACGACAGCUAAUUGAUUUCACAUUCACCAGGACAAAUCAUUUAAACCAAUUGAAAUCUGCAGUAUUGGCCAUGACCCAAGUUGCACUGUACCAUCAAACCCCAAGAUGCCAUCUCAGGAAAUGGAAUUAUGCAUCUGGCAGCUCAAAAAAUUUGCUCAAACCUCCUGCAAGUUUUGGCAGUUCAAUCAUUCGAACCAUGUUCAUCAAGGUGCAAGAUACUCCUAAUCCAAAUUCACUAAAGUUUUUACCAGGGGUGCAGGUCCUGGAGAGUGGAACAGUAGAUUUCAGUAAUUUAUCAGCUGCCCAGAAAUCUCCAUUAGCUAAAUUACUAUUCAGGAUUGAUGGUGUGAGGGGUGUCUUUCUGGCUACUGAUUUUAUCACCAUAACAAAGGAUGAAGAGGAAGGAGAAUGGAGAACUAUAAAGCCAGAAGCUUUUGCAGUCAUUAUGGAUUUUUUUGCCUCUGGCCUUCCAGUUAUUCAUGAAGUUAAUAGAGCUGACAGUGAACAUGCUGGAGGUGAUGAUGAUGAUGAUGAGACAGUAGCCAUGAUAAAAGAGUUGCUGGACACUAGAAUACGCCCAACAGUGCAAGAAGAUGGAGGUGAUGUUUUAUUUCGUGGAUUCAGUGAUGGCAUCGUCUAUUUGAAGAUGAUGGGUAGCUGUACAUCAUGUCCAUCGUCAGUGGUUACAUUAAAAAAUGGCGUUCAGAAUAUGUUGCAGUUUUAUAUUCCUGAGGUGAUUGAAGUAGUCGAGGUGAAAGACACAAAAGAAGAUAAUUUGGUUGAAGAGGAAUUUAAGAAGCUACAGGAUAAACUUGAAUCUUCAGGUUCAGUGAAAAGUGAUUAGCCAUGUGUUGUAGCAUGCUAACCAUUUGUACAUUUUGCAGAAUAGCAUGUUGUAAGUAAGUUAAUUAUUUGAUAAUAUAGUAUAUCAUAUAAUAUAA